CUUUUUUCUUCAUCAUUCUUCUCUUUUUGCAUUAUGAAAUGCUGUUUCUCAAGUCUGUCCAAAAGGAAUAUUUAAUCAUGUUUUUGAUUAUUCAUUCCCUCGGUAGUUGCAAUGAAAAUGUAAAAACGUGCCAACAUGAAUGAGAUGAAUUAAACUAUAAUUACCUCCUACCUCAACUGAUUAAAGUACAAUGUAAACAGGGAUAUAUAUUGUUAGGUUUAACAUGGUGACAAAGCUUUCUGUCUCCCUGUAAGUGCAGAGUCUUGUCUUCAGUGUGGUAGUCUCAGUUGUCACUCUUGGUUUCUUAGUUACCAUGGGGCCACCUGCUCUGCUCAGGUGUAAUGUUAGAGUGAGUGUCAGGUAGUCUAAUGUGAGAUCUGUCAGAUUAACAUCUGUUUGGAGGUCAGACUGAGGAAAUGUGCUGCUUUUUUACACCACAGUAACCUUUAAGAUAGAACAUCUAACGAGUAUGUCUUUAGGGAAAAAGGUUCGCUCUUCUUCAGCUUCAGGAAGAUUAGAAACUCAACAUGUGACCAGCAUCCUCUCUGAACUGUGGAGCACAGAAGACAGGAUGAGAAACACUUCUGGGCCAGGUAGUAAUAAAGUCACAGAUGACUUCUCAGCAUCAAGACGAGGGGGUGUCAGCGAGGACAGAAAAGAGCAGCCUGAAUGGUUGAUUCGAGAGCUGCUGAAACAGAACAGGCGAAGACACUCUGUCACACUGGGAGAUCAGGCUCAAAUCAUGAGACAACAACACCACAGUAUUGACUUAGCUCGCAGUCUCUGCAGCCUCCAGCUUGACGAGACGAUAUCACUCGACAACCUCCAGAAACUGAAACAAGCAUUUGAGGAAUUUGAAACGGGUGGCUUGAGAUCCAUUGAUGCGAAGAAGUUUGGACGUAUAGUGAAGACGUGUUUGGGCUUGCCAAAGACAUGCAAUGCGCAGAUUCAAGGGUUAUUCAAGAAGAUUGAUUAUUCAGGCCAAGGAAGAAUUUCAUGGGAUGACUUCUGCACACACAUGCUGCAGGAGUACAAAGAGAAGCAGGAAACAGCAAGACGCAGUAAGCAGGUGGCUUUCACUCUGCCAGCCACCAUGAAGGCGUUGUGUCACAGCGUUCCCAUUGUCAACAUCCACUCCACCCACGAUGGCUCCAUCGUCACAGUACGAGAAGAUGGGGCCGUUUGCUACUGGAGCCCUGAACUUAAACCACUGAAGACCAAACACAUGUUUAAUGAAGGACCUGCAAACAGGAAGUCAAAGUGGGCAAGUGAUUUUACUCUGAUGACCGAGUACAACAAGCUGAUGAUUGGAACGGGGGACAGAGAGCUCCAGCUUUAUGAGCUUUCCACUCUGGAGCCUUAUUGCCAGAUCAAUGCACUAGACACUGUGCCUUUGACUUUAGACUACGGCUACACUGGCCCUGAUAAAUGUUGUAUUCUGUAUGGAGACACUGAGGGAUGUGUGACUAUCAUUUUAAUAUCCUCUGUUGGAGAUACUCUCAGACUAUGGAAUAAAUUACCGAAGAUUGAAAAUAUACCCAACAUAGCGAUUGACAAUGCAGUGCUUUCUCCGAACGUGACAUUUGUCAGAUGGAAGGUUCAUCAGGACUGGGUGACACAGGCCAAAUAUUUUCAAGGUUUUCAAGCUGUUGUCUCCUCAUCAAAUGAAGAAUCUUCAUCUCUCGUUAUAGGCCGCGUGCUGCCGUUAACAGACGCUGAGCAGCAGCUGAACGAGAUCAGAGAGGCUUGCUACGAAGGUAAGAGCAAGAAGGUCCAACUGAGCUGGACUCCACAGCACCGCGCAUCAUGUGACCAGAGAGUUUUCACCAUCCACAAAGGUGUCAAGACGUUUGACCUUUGUCAGAAGCACAGCUUGUUGGUUACUGGAGGCAUGGACAGACUCAUACGCAUGUGGAACCCACAUUUUUCUGGGAAACCAACUGGUGUUUUGAAAGGCCACUCUGCUCCCAUCAUAUACCUCGGUAUCUUCUCAGCGGACAGUCAGAUCUUCUCAGUCUCCAUAGACAGAACUGUGAAAAUCUGGGAUAUUCAAGAUCAGUGUUGCUUGUUUACAGCAGAGCCCAAAGCUAACAGGAUUCAUGGUGACAUAUCUGCAUGCUCGUAUUCCUCUGCUAUGAGAUCCCUCUACAUUGCAGCAGACUGUAUGGCUGUGCUCUCCCUGAAGAUAAGGCCACAGCUUCACAGCCGUCUGACUGUUUCGCAUAAUGAGCCUGUAAUGUGCUGCGGCUACAGUGAGGAGUUUCGUCAAGUUGUCAGCUGCACUGAGGGAUCUGUGGUGAAAGUCUGGGAUUUUGACACUGGACGUCAGAUUUUUGAGUUUGGUGGCACACAUGACCUGUCUGUCAUCACAUGCAUGACAUUUGACCCCAAAGGGAGGAGACUCAUCACAGGUGGAAGAGAUGGUUGUCUAAAGAUCUGGAACUUCAACAAUGGUCAGUGCCUAAAGACACUACAAAAAGAUGGUGAAUCUCGUGAGGUGUUCGACUGUAUCUUUCUGAAAGUUCACAGGAAUUUCUAUGUGAUGUCUGUCGGCCGGGACCGGAAGAUUGACAUUUACUCAGACAUACCAGAGGACCACCAUCAUGUCCAGAGGCCGCAGCCUUCAUGGCAGGAUGAUCUGACAAAUGGCCAUAAGGAGGACAUCCUUUGCGUGGCGCAGUGUCCCCCAUCUCUCGUAGCCACCGGCAGCUACGAUGGAGAGAUUAUUGUGUGGAACGUGGUUUCUGGAUGUAUACAGUGUCGGUUUGUCAGCCCCCUUCUAGUUGAACAGCAAAAUGUUGAAGGACUGGAUACAAGUGUUCCAAGCAUCAUUUUCCUAAAGAACUCCAAGUUACAGCAGUUUUCCUCCACUACAGCUCUUGUGUCGUCCGCAGCCUUGGGUUGUGUAGAUCUCUGGAGUGUGCUCAGUGGAGGACUUUUAGUGGGUAGUUUCAGAGCUUCUCGAUUCCAACAAAAGAUCGAAAAACUGGCUAAAACAGAGAAGGGCGCGUUGCUGUAUGCUGCUGACCGAAUUGGUUACAUCUACGUUUACGACAUGGAGAAGUUUGCUCCUACAGAAAAACCACCCAGAGCUGAAAUCUUCUGGCGUGCCCACACCAGCAGAAUUACUGGCCUAGAGAUUGUUGACAAUGAUCAAGUGGUGCUUACCUCAUCCACUGACUACACUGUGCGCCUUUGGAGUGCACAUGGAGAAUUCAUAGGGACCUUUGGGCAAUCUGAAAGCUGGAGCAUCCACAUCUCCUCUUCCUGGAAGCAUCCUGCUGUCCCCUAUGAGGUGCUGAUUGAUCCCCUGAGUAUGCCAGAUCAUGAAAUUCUGAAUUUCAAAACAUGUCCGUCUGAUGCUAUCAGUCCUGACAAGACUGACGCCCACAGAGGGGGACUAAAGUCAGAGACGAGCAGUAAGCUGAGACUUCCUCCAGCAUCAACCAGUGACACAGACAGCGAGGAAGAUUAAAAGCACAUUUUACUCAGAGGAACACAAGAUUGGGCUCUGUCAUGAAAUUGUCAGGCAUAGUAACAAGCUAUCAAACCGCUGCGCUCUGAAAGGCUUUAAUACUGCGGAGCUACCAAACAGCAGUGUAAGACCUGACCUCUCCCUUGCUGGUAUUGAUCCUUUUAUAAGCAGCACUGAGGAACUGGAGUCAACUGAACAAGAUGAAACUGUAUUGAUCACAAUUGGGAAACUGGGUCAUUGCAGCACUCAAUACGAAAAAGACAGAGCAAAGAAAAAUUAAAUAGAAUUAAAUAAUCGUGGGAAUUAUCCACAUAUAUGUAAUCUUACCCAACUGGCUUUUUAAACAACAGAUCGUUUGAAGUAAAACGAUGGAAAUGUCAAAACUGAUCCUAAUAAAACUGCAAGUGCUCCCUGGAAGGUUUCCAUUUGUUUUUCAGGAUCCAAAGCUGCUUGCAUUAAAAUGGGAGCUCAGUAACAUGCUUUCCAGAGUGCUGUUCCACAAAAUUGCUCUUAUUUGCAUUUUGAAACACUCAACUGUCCAAGUCUUAGUGCUGGUAUGAAGUGAAGUAAAAAGGGGUUGGGAACUUGUUACCACAGAGCAGGAAUGAUAACUUUGACAUUUAUGACUUCAGUCCAUGAGGAAUAGCACAUUUUUCUCAGUAUAUCUUGAGACUGGAGUACUGUAGUGAGUGAUUUUCUACAAAAACACACUCAUGAGUAAAGCAAAAGGUUGCUCAUAGAUAACUUUUAUUACAAUAUUAUAUAUUUAAAUAUAUAUGAAGAUAUAUAUAGACCUUCAUCCUUAAGGUGGCUAUAUCCAAUAUUUUUAUAUCAACAAUGGACUGUUUGCUAACAUGUAGCCAUAUUAGCUUAGAGGUGAUAAUGUGUCUGUGUUGGGUCUUGUUUCAGUUCAUUAAAUGUAGGGAAAUCUUUAAUUCAUCUUUUCUUUCUUUCUGAUAAAUUAUGGGCCGAGAUGAAGAGAAUUUAACGUUGCUGAGCCAGCUGUCCUGAUUCUGAAAAUGUGAUAGAAUUAAAGGAAAAAGAAAACAUAUCCCACCCAUUGAUUAUGGCUCUAGUUUGUGUAAUACAUUUCUUUUUCUUUGAUAUAUAUUAUCUGUUUCUUAAAUGUAUUAUCUAAGAGGUUGUGAAUGUGCUCUGGCAUACAUUGUAUUAUUAAUAAAAGCUUACAUACUUUCAAA